AUGGUUCGCCAUCAGUCUUCAGCAGCUGGCGUAUUGGCUCUUCUUCAGGAGCCGGAUUCUAUAUUCAAGCAACAUGCUCUCAAAGCUCUGAUCCCUCUGGUUCCUCAGUUCUGGGCCGAGAUUUCUGAACAUAUCGCUGUCAUUGAAGCACUAUAUGAAACUGACGAAUUUCCUAAACCUGCUCGCGAUGCGGCCGCUUUGCUUGCGAGCAAGGUCUAUUACUUCUUGGGCGAGUAUGAUGAGGCACUCUCCUUUGCCCUUGGUGCGGGAAGCGCGUUCCAGGCCGAGACUCGCAAAUUAGGAUCGGAGGAAUAUGUGGAGACUAUUAUAUCGAAAGCUAUCGACAAAUACAUCGAAGUCCGGACGGAAGAACAAUCUGGCAGUAAGGCGAAGGUUGACUCUCGCCUGCAAGCUAUCAUUGAGAGCAUUUUUAACCGCUGUAUUGCGGAGGGCGAAUACAAGCAGGCGAUUGGAAUUGCACUUGAAUCUCGCCGCUUAGACGUCAUCUCAGGUGUCUAUAAACAGACUCAGGACACAUCGCUACUUUCGUACGCCAUGGAAGGCGUUCUGAACACAGGUUUCUCGUUAUCUUACAGAGAUCAUGUUCUUCGAUUUCUAUUCCCUCUCUUUCCUCAACCGACGGCCGGGGAUGGCUCACCGCAUGUCCAUGCACUCACCCGCUUACUUGUCACGCUUGGCGACCCAUCACUGACGAUUUCUUUCCUGACCUCCCUGGUCACGAGGGAGCAGCUUCUGGCCUAUCAGUUUGCCUUCGAUUUGGUGGAAUGUGGCAGCCAAGAUUUUUUGGAGACGUUGCGCGAAGACCUUCCUGAAGGAGAUGAAAAAACCAAGAGUGUCUACGAUAAGCUCCGUACUAUCUUGACCGGCAAGGAAUCAGUCAAGCUCUACCUUGAAUUUCUCAAACGUAACAACCAGACCGACCUUCUUAUUCUCAAAAACACAAAGGACGCCCUUGAGCCGCGGUCCUCUAUCUUCCACACCGCAUUAACUCUUCAGAAUGCUUUCAUGCAUGCAGGAACAACAUCAGAUGUCUUUUUGAGGGAAAAUUUGGAGUGGCUAGGGCUAGCAUCCAAUUGGUCUAAAUUUUCUGCCACCGCAGGUCUUGGCGUCAUUCAUAAGGGCUACUUUGAACAAGGACAAACUAUACUUGGUCCAUAUCUUCCUCAAAGUGGCGGCGAAAGCAACAUACAAGGAGCUGCAUACUCGGAAGGUGGUGCACUCUAUGCAUUGGGUUUGAUCAAUGCUAGCUGUGGGAGUUCCGUGACCACGUAUCUCCGUGACACUCUCAAAUCGGCCCAGGGUGAAGUUGUGCAGCAUGGAGCAGCACUCGGGCUGGGCGUUGCUGGUAUGGGAUCGAAGAGUAUGGAAACCUUUGAAGACUUGAAGAACAUCCUGUUCAUGGACUCGGCCGUUGCUGGUGAAGCUUCAGGUUAUGCAAUGGGUUUGAUCAUGCUCGGAACGGCCGCGGCUGAACCCGUGCGUGAAAUGCUUCAGUAUGCCAAGGAAACGCAGCACGAAAAGAUUAUUCGGGGACUUGGUUUGGGCAUCGCCUUCAUUUUCUACAGCCGUCAGGAAGAGGCAGACGAAACUAUAAAAUCGUUGCUCGCUGAAAAGGACCCCAUUUUACGGUAUGGAGGAGUGUAUACCCUGGCUCUGGCCUACGCUGGUACUGCUAAUAACGAUGCGGUUCGACAACUGCUACAUAUCGCUGUAUCGGACACAUCGGAUGACGUUCGACGAGCUGCUGUAACUUCGCUUGCCUUCCUUCUGUUCAAAAACCCAAGCCAAGUACCUCGGGUCGUUCAGCUACUAAGCGAGAGCUACAACCCUCACGUCCGUUGUGGUGCUACGCUUGCACUCGGCAUUGCAUGUGCGGGAACGGGACUUCAGGACGCAGUUGAAAUCUUGGAACCCAUGACCAAGGACAGUGUCGACUUCGUGCGUCAGGGCGCUUUUAUCGCUUUGGGCAUGAUUCUAGUGGAGCAAUCAGAAGCCUCGUCACCCUCGCUUUCUGACACGCGUGCCAAGUAUACCAAAGUUAUUUCAGAUAAGCACGAAGAUCCGAUGGCGCGCUUCGGCGCCGCCAUUGGACAGGGUUUCAUUGACGCGGGAGGGCGGAAUGUCACAAUCAGCCUUCAAAGUCGAGCAGGCAGCACAAAUACCAGCGCGAUUGUCGGCAUGGUUAUGUUUUGUCAGUUUUGGUAUUGGUAUCCACUCGCCCACUGCGCUUGUCUAGCAUUUUCACCAACAGGAAUCAUUGGCCUCAAUGGUGAUCUUAAGGCUCCCAAGUUUGAUUAUAUAUCCAACGCCAGACCGAGUCUAUUUGCUUAUCCGCUAUCUACAAAGCCUCCCAAGAAGGAAGCUGUGACCAAGGUGGCAACCGCCGUUCUAUCAACAACAGCAAAGGUCAAGGCCAGAGAAAAGAAGAAAGCAGCAGCUGAAGGCGACACAAUGGAGAUGGAUGAGAAAGACACAAAGGUUGAAGCUGAUAGCGAUGUAGAGAUGAAGGCGGAAGAGGCUGCCUCGCCAAAAGAUGGAGAUGUUUCCCCCAUUAAUCGAUCACUUUCGAACCUAGCCGACGAAACCAGGGCGUCAACAUCAAUAGCGAGGCCUAAAAGGGUUGAACCAUCAUUUGAGACGCGCCCUAACUUCUCUCGUGUCACUCCCGCACAGUUGGGUUAUAUUUCCUUCCCAAAUGAUGGUCGUUAUCAGCCCGUGCGAGCCGUUUCAACGAAGACGCCGCUAUCUAGAGCUGGAAGAGCUGUCAUGGCGCCAUCUACUUUUGCUCUUGGUUUGGGAUCAGAAAAAUAUGCAGGAGGCGGUGGCAUUUUGAUCCUCGUUGACUCAAGACCAGAAGCCGAAGCCGAUUUUAUUGAUCUUCAGGCCGCUGUAAUACAAGCCCCUGCCCCAACAGCUGUCCCUGCAGAAAAUGGUCAUGCGCCAGGUGCUCAGCCUUCCGGCCGUCACAUCGCAUUGAACGAAAGUGAACCAGAAGCAGACCCUCCAGAAUCAUUCGAGUACCCCUUCGACAAUGACACAUAG